AUGUGGGUGGAUGAAAACAACGGCGCAGCAUUUAAAGAUCAUUUCAUGAUGACUGACAUCACAGAAUUUACCGAUUCUGAAUGCCCUGGUCUAGGUGGUUUUUUAACCCAUUCUAGGGAAAAUGCAGCAGCAUAUAGUCACACCACUACAAACCACAUCCCCGAGACAUUAAACAUCGCAGUCAAGUCUGCUGUCUUUCUUAAAGGCCUGCUGGUCACACGCAUUAUGCCCUUGUUCUACAUCUUCAUCAUCCUCUUUAGUUUGCCCCUGAAUGCUUUGGCAUUGUUGACGUUCACCUGUAAGAUUCAAGCGAAGAAACCAGCGGUGAUCUUCAUGUCUCACCUGGCGUGUGUGGACCUGCUCUUCACCCUGCUGCUGCCUCUGAAGAUCCACUACCAGCUGAACUCUUCAGAUUGGGUGUUCGGUGAGGUGGCGUGUCGUGUGAUCAGUGCAGCUUACUACUGCUACAUGUACUGCUCCAUACUGCUGAUGAUGUGCAUGAGUGUGGACAGACUGCUGGCCGUGGCGCUUCCCGUCACCUCUCUAACCUGGAGGAGUGCAAGGAAAGCCACAUGUGGGUGUGUGCUGGUCUGGCUGCUGGCGCUCGCUGGUACGGUGCCACUUCUCUCAAUGAGACAAACGGCUAAUAUUAAGGAUGUGGGCGUCACUUGUCAUGACGUACUGCAUCACAAUGACCCUACAGUGCUGAAUUAUGUGUACCUGUUCUCCAUCCUCUCCUGUCUCUACUUCUUCUUGCCGCUAGUCGUCACCUUAGUGAGCUACUUUACCAUAAUAUAUGUGCUCAGUGUAAAGUCUAACCGCUUAGCAACAUCAUCUUCAGACAACCGAAGGAGAGCUGUGAUUAUGGCUAUCGCUGUGCUGAUUGAGUUUGUGGUGUGUUUCGCUCCAACCAAUGGCAUCUUGUUGUACCACUGUGUUCAUUUAGCUGGAGGAAACAGCGGGGAGGGAGAUUCAUCAUAUGCUGCUUACCUGGUGGCUGUGUGUUUGGGGAGCACAAGUGUUUUUCUAGAUCCUCUUCUGUAUUACUAUGGCUCGUCUCAGUGCAGACAGCAGAUCAGAUCUGUGUUUUGGUGCAGAAAGGCAAAAAGAGCAAAAACACCAACAAACACAUGAAAUACUCUCACUACAGCUGCACAUUACAAAACAAAAAUUAAGUGGAUCUCUCUUAAAACAACAAAUGGCAUAUUCUUGCUUGCCAAGUUCACUACACUGUAUUUAUCUGCCAGUAUUAACCAACAUGGAAUGAAGUGUAUGCACACACA